AUGGCAUAUGACCGCUACGCUGCCAUCUGUGACCCACUGUGUUACAUGGACACAAUGAGCAAAGGGAUCUGUGUUCAGCUGGUGAGUGGUGCAUGGGCAAUAGGGUUCAUAGAUGCCCUUAUUAACACUGUUUUUGCCCUCGAGUUGCAUUUCUGUGGGCCCAAUCAAAUCAGCCAUUUCAGCUGUGAGCUCCCUCCUCUAUUACAAUUGUCCUGCACUGACACCCUCACCAAUCAAGUAGUGCUUUUUACUUCUGUUGUCAUACUUGGAUCAAGCUCCUUUCUCUUCACCCUGAUCUCCUACAUUCACAUCAUCUCCACCAUCCUGAGGAUACGCUCUGCGGAGGGCAGGCGUAAAGCCUUCUCCACCUGCAGCUCCCACCUUAUUGUGGUUGGUUUGUUGUACUUGACAGCUUUUUUCCAGUACACAAAACCCAGCUCAGUCUCCUCUGUGGUGCUGGAUGAAAUGUUCUCCAUCCAGUACAGCAUUGUGACCCCCAUGUUAAACCCCAUUAUCUACAGCCUGAAAAACAAGGAGGUGAAAACAGCUGUAGGGAAAAUGUUGAGGAAAUUCAAAUUUCUCAAGUAG